GAGCGGAUUCAACCGCCAAGUAAGUUACAUUUUUGCCAUGUCACGGUAAAGAAGUUUGAGACCAGUUUAUUUAUAGAAAACUGGAUUCCUUAGGGCACACCGACGUAUGCCGCUGGAUAUACAAUAUGAAAUGAGAGCGUGUCGUGUUUUUUGAAGGGAAUUCCUCGUGAUUUUUGAGCCGCUGUUAUUACUGUAUAGCUAACGAUACACAGUGAAGCCAGAAGCCUCAUGUUUUCGUCAAGCCAAGAGGAGCACUGCGCCCCGUCCAAAGACCCAGUGAAAUACGGGGAGCUGGUGGUGCUGGGGUACAAUGGCUCUCUGCCCAAUGGAGAUCGGGGUAGACGGAAAAGCAGAUUUGCGCUAUACAGGAGGACCAAAGCCAAUGGUGUAAAGCCGAGCACUGUGCACAUCCUCAACACACCCCAGGCCAGCAAGGCUGUGAAUUGUAAAGGCCAACAUAGCAUCUCCUACACGCUGUCCAGGAACCAGACGGUAGUGGUGGAGUACAGCCAUGAUAAAGACACAGACAUGUUUCAGAUUGGGCGUUCCACAGAGAGUCCCAUCGACUUUGUGGUGACUGACACAGUAGCAGGAGGCCAGGAGGGAGAGGAGACUCCCAUCACACAGAGCACCAUCUCCCGUUUUGCCUGCCGAGUUGUCUGUGAGCGCAACCCCCCCUACACUGCUCGCAUCUAUGCAGCCGGGUUUGACUCCUCCAAAAACAUCUUCCUAGGGGAAAAAGCUGCAAAAUGGAAAAACCCUGACGGUCACAUGGACGGCCUAACAACCAAUGGCGUGCUGGUAAUGCACCCCAGGGGUGGAUUCACAGAAGAGUCCAAGCCCGGCGUAUGGAGAGAAAUCUCUGUUUGUGGUGAUGUUUAUACACUAAGAGAGACUCGCUCAGCACAGACCCCAGGCAAACUGGUGGAGAAUGAGAGUAAUAUACUGCAGGAUGGCUCCUUGGUGGAUCUUUGUGGAGCUACUUUGCUGUGGCGUACAGCAGAAGGCCUCUUUCACACUCCCACCCAAAAGCACCUGGAGGCUCUCAGGCAGGAGAUCAACGCAGCACGGCCCCAGUGUCCUGUAGGUCUCAACACCCUUGCCUUCCCAAGCAUGCAACGCAGCCGCGCCCUCUCCUCCCUGGAGGACAAGCAGCCUUGGGUGUAUUUGGCGUGUGGCCACGUGCACGGUUACCACAACUGGGGCCACCGUUCGGAGCAGGAGCCCAACACUCAGCGAGAGUGUCCCAUGUGCCGGGUGGUGGGGCCCUAUGUACCACUGUGGCUGGGCUGUGAGCCGGCCUUCUACGUGGACACAGGUGCACCCACACACGCCUUUGUGCCAUGUGGACACGUGUGUUCAGAGAAGUCAGUCAAGUACUGGGCGGAGAUCCCUCUGCCCCAUGGCACCCACGCCUUCCACGCCGCCUGCCCCUUCUGUGCCACCCAGCUCAGCCUCACUCAGGGCUGUUCCAAGCUAAUCUUCCAGGGCCCGGUGGACUGAGCUGAAGGGUCCUGCUCUGGCAGAGAAGAUUAGACAGGAAUGCCAACAUGCUGUGAAACUGUUCAGAUUAUUUUGUGCUUUCUUUUGUUCAUGUAAGCCAGCUGUGGAAAGGAGUAAGUCUUCUCAACUUCUGGUCAUAUGCUGUGGAUUCUACACAACAGAGAGCCAUUACAGAUUGUUCAGGGCCUCUUGUGGCUGUUUGGAUGGCCACUGUGGGAUACUGAGAUGUGGAGCACACUGGACCACAGAUCCCUGGCUCUGCCAGACUGAAAUACUGUUUCAGCUGUCCUGCCAACCAACCGCUUUAAACAGGGCUCCAGCACUGAGCUGUUUAAACUACAAUGCCUGCUGGUUUUCCAUCAGAGGGCCGUAGGAUUAAGGUUGUAGGAGGAAUGAAUCGUUUUUACUCAUGAAUCAAACUGAACCAGAUAAUAGUGAGCAGGUGUAGUUGGGUCUGUUGGGGGAAAAUGGGGGAAGGUUUUAUAGGCUAGUUCCUGGAGGGUCUGAGACAAAGUUUUUACAGAGCCAGACAGCUGGACUGUUGGCUGGGAGAAGCCAAGAGAAACUUGCGAUCUAAUGGCUAACUAGUUAAGUGUUCCCCAUUGGCCUCUUGGCCUUAACCGCUAAUGGCAUCUAGAUCAUGUAGCUCUCCAGAGAUGGCUUCCAUUUGCUGAACAAACUUUAAAGGGGGUGGGGGGGUAUUUUUCAUUAACUGUGGGAAUAUUUUUCAUAAAUGAGAAAAGCUAUUUUGUUGAAGGCAAAGAGAGAGUUAGUUUUCCAUACAGAAGACAUAAGGAAAUGACAACCCACAUGGAUUCUUCUCCACGUUUUUAUCUGACAGAAGAGGUAUUUUACUACACUGAGGCCCUUGUACUUUUUUGUAAUGCAAAUGUUAAUAUAUUUUUCUCCUGCAUAAAUAAUAUGUGUGUGAGAAUGUUUGUGAGUAUGUGCGUACAUGUGUGAUUGUGUGUGCGGGUUGGACUGUGUGGGUGCCCUUGGGCUCUUGUCUUCAUCACCCUACAUCAUUUCACCCCAAUCCCCUCUCCAUGAUCUCGCCCACCACCCAAACCGCUACCAGAGAGAACACAGGAAAUAAACCAAGCUCGCAGGGUGUGACAAUGAAUGUACUGAAACACAUUGACUCUCCUCACUGGUGGUGCUUCAAUUAUACAACUCUUUCUCAUUGGUGUUAAAGGUACAGGUAAGGCCUAUUUGCAGUGAAAGACUAACAUUGGGACUGUACAACCUUAUGCCAUAACCACACCUGCUUGCUAGCCUGCUAGCUUGCUAUGUCCCUACCCCACACAUGUACUGUAUUCAGUCUGCACUGUUGUUAGCUUUAUCCCAUGCUGGGUCAGAUCCAAUGAUUUAUACGCUCUCAAACCUGGGCACAGUCUCAGCAGCAUCCAGAGAUUAUACCAAAUAUAAGGAGGAGCUGUUUUCUCUCCACAUGCAAGAUGUAAACCCAAACUGCUGCUAUGGUGGAGUGUUGACAGCUCUGGAUUACAGUCAAGGCUGUUCAGUUGCACGCACCAGCUCCAUGGGAAUAAUGAUAUUAUCAUACCCAAUGCCAAAUUUGGUAAGUUCUAUUGUAUGUGGAUGAGUCAAGUUGUCCACAACAAAGUAGCAGAUGAAUUGAAACUAAAGAAUCGGGGACGAAUAUGUGCAUUCUUCUGUGAUGUUAGCCUGCCAGACUGUGCCCAUUGACUACAUCAAGUAGUCAAAGGCAUUCAUUCUGCCGAUACUUUAUCAAUUACAGUAGUGAGCAUUAAAAUGAUGAGAUGUUGACAGUCAUGUUUCUAUUAUAGCAUUCAAAUGUUCUUCCAAGUAUGAUGAAUAAAAUUCAGAGGUAUUGCUGAGGGGCAGAAUCCACCAUGAUUAAGGGCUCCUAGACUUCACAACAAAGAUAAAAUCUCAACAGCAGUGGUGGACUGCUGGAGUAUUUUUGUUUUUGGUUCCUUCCUAAGAGAAACAUACUUUGCAUUCUUAAAAAGUAUCAGCAGCAUUACGCUUCGCUCAUACCACAGAGCAUUUCCGGAUCACUUGAUUUCCUCAGAUUUUAUGUAACUGCCGCGCAGGGUCAAGUACCAAGCCGCAUACUGUACAGUAGCAUUCCUUUCAAACACUUUCAGCUCAAACACUGUGCCCGUUGCUUCAGACCGUGUUCUGUAACAGCUGCAGAGUAGCUGCCUCAAACAUUCCUCCUUGGUAAACAUGGGUGGGGCCCUCAGUUCACCCAAGGGCUUGUUCUAUGAUUUUGUCUCCUACAGGAACUCUGUACACAAGCCAUAGAACGCACUGAUGCUCCCAAUGCCUCUUUUGCAAAGAAUAAAAAUAUUUUUUAAAAAUA